CACGUCGUCAGCCGGAAAAACAGGAAGUGUUUCAUUGCUGACGCUAAACUGCUGAACACCCACAAAACUAAACAAGAUGGCCCAGUUUCAGGAAGUGUCAAAGCAGUCUGGUCUGCACCCUAAGCCUGCAGGGUUGGUUUUGCAGUAUGGUACUGCUGGUUUUAGGACCAAUGCGAAAUUACUGGACCACAUUAUGUUCAGGAUGGGACUAUUGGCCACCUUACGCUCCAAAAAGACCAAAGCCACCAUUGGAGUCAUGGUCACCGCAUCACACAACCCUGAGGAGGACAACGGGGUGAAGCUGGUUGACCCCAUGGGGGAGAUGGUGACACCGACAUGGGAGGGCUACGCCACCCAGCUGGCCAACGCCGAGCAGGAAGACUUGCUCGCUGCUCUGAAGGACAUUAUAGAGAAGGAGGCUAUAAAAAUGAGCCAGGAGGCGAACGUGUUUGUGGGCAAAGACACCAGAAGCAGCAGUGUGAGCCUUUCAGAGGCAGUAUUGGAUGGGGUAUCUGCACUCGGUGGUCAAAGCAAAGACUAUGGUUUGGUGACCACCCCGCAGCUCCACUACAUGGUUUGCUGUCAGAACACUCAGGGUAAAUAUGGAGAAGCCACAGUGGAGGGAUACUAUAAGAAACUCUGCCAAGCUUUCAUUCAGCUCACAAAGAAUGCGUCCAAUUGUACAGACGACCAGAAGCACCUCUCUGUGGACGGCGCUAAUGGCAUUGGGGCCCUAAAGGUGCGUGAGAUGGAGAGUCACCUGAAGAGGGAGCUGCACCUAUCGCUGUUCAACGACGGCAGUACCGGAAAGCUUAACCACCAGUGUGGGGCUGACUUCGUCAAAGUGCAGCAAAGACCUCCAACAGGCAUGAAGAUGAACUCGGGGGAGCGCUGCUGUUCCUUUGACGGUGACGCUGAUCGAAUAGUUUACUACUACACUGACUCUGAGGGACAGUUUCACCUGCUGGAUGGAGAUAAAGCGGCUACUCUCAUCAGCACUUUUCUUAAAGAGCUGCUCACACAGGCUGGUCUAGACUUGGAGAUAGCAGUGGUGCAAACUGCUUAUGCUAAUGGAAGCUCAACAAACUAUUUGGAAGACACUAUGAAGGUGAUCGUGAGGUGUACUAAAACUGGAGUGAAGCACCUUCAUCAUGCAGCCAAGGAGUUUGAUAUCGGUGUGUACUUCGAGGCCAACGGUCAUGGAACUGUGUUGUUCAGUAAGGCAGCUGAAGAGAAGAUCCAGCAGCUAGCUGAGGACUCCAACACCAACGACGAGAGGAAGAGAGCAGCUCUCCUGCUGCAGAACACUGUCAACGUCAUCAACCAGACUGUAGGUGAUGCCAUUUCUGACAUGCUGCUGAUCGAAGCCAUACUAGCCAUCAAGGGUAUGACUAUCCAGCAGUGGGACUCCAUCUACAAAGACCUGCCAAACAGGCAACUCAAAGUCAAGGUGUCGGACCGCAGGGUGAUAGACACCACAGACGCAGAGAGACGGGCAGUGAGCCCAACAGGACUUCAGGAGGCCGUCGACAGUUUAGUGAAGAAGUACAGUCAGGCUCGCUCCUUCGUGAGACCCUCUGGCACCGAGGACGUGGUGAGAGUUUACGCCGAGGCAGAAACACAGGAGAGCGCUGAUGCCCUUGCACACGAAGUCAGCCUUGCGGUUUAUCGUCUUGCCGGGGGAGUGGGCGGGGAACCCAAACCAUUGCACUAGAUACACUUACGCACCGUCACACAACACUGACUAAUCAAUCUGUGCUUCUUUAAUGCAAUCCAACGUAAGUUGUAAUUUAUCAAAAUUGUUUCUGUUUGGUGAGUUGCCAAAUAGUUUUAUACAGUUAAUUGCACUUGGUACUUUACUCUAGUUCACUCUAUUUCUUUGUAUUUAUCUGUCAUUGGGGCACACAUGGGGAGACAAUGAAGGGGUUUUAUGCUACUUUAAGUAGUGCUUCUCAUGUAAUGUCAUUGUGUUUCAAACAGGCUGCUACGUGCCUGUAAAUAUGGGUUUCUAUGUAAUAUAAAUAUGCUGCUUUACCUUAUAUAUGCCAUAGUUAAAACAUAAAUUGUCAUUACAAACAAAUUUAGAAAGUCUUAACUUUUGGUUAAUAUGUAACUUUGUACUAAAUGGAAUCUUUUUGACCGGUUACUCUAUGUAAUUUAUUUGAAAUAACAAGUUUACACGAGGGAGUUGUAGCGAUUGGUCUUGUCCGUUGGAAAGCAUUUGCUACUUUGGUUUAAAUAAAUAAUGGAAACAAAGAAAAUAGAUAGUGUUUGUGUAAGUGUCUCUUUUGAUUUAAAUGAAAACCACAACUGUGAUUGCUUGCUGUUUAUUGUUACUUUGAAAGACACAUUUCUGACACACAGGAGGAUUAAAUGAGCAGAAAAGCAGUGUGAGAAUUAGGAGCACUGGACAUGGUGUGUAGCGUUCUUAAUGUAAAGUAUCCACGGAGGAUGAAAUCAGUCCUUUAAAAUGGCACAUGCUGCAUCAGUACGAGUUGUUUUCUCUCCAUUUCAAAAUUGAAUGCUGAAUAACAUAAUAACAUAGAACGUUGUUGCACAGCGUAUAGCUAGCAAGGGUCUCUAGGUGAGAUCUGGGGUAAAUGAGCAAUCUAUUCUUCAUCUGUGUCGUCCGCCGCUCCAGAAAUGGUGAUGGUGUGCUCCAG